GCUUCGGGCUCAAACAAACAGCUGCUCGAAAGUGGAACGGCAAAUAGCAAACGAGGCGAAAUGGUCGCGACAGACGUUCGUCGUGUUCAAAAGUCGACGAACUCGUCCGGUUUGCCCUCCGUGCCAGCGUUGCAGACGAGGACGACCGCGGGCCGGUUCGUCGGUUGUUAGCCUGCGGUGCUAAUCGGCCUUCGUGAGCACAUCUCCGCUCGCUUCGUCGACAAAGUGGCCGCCGGCAGGCAGGCAAGGAAAGCUUGUGAAGGCUCGCUCGUCUGGCUGCGCACCACGCACACACUGUUCAAUUGAUAGACAAAACAAUGGCCGCGUCGAUCGCCUUCAGCGGCUUUUGAGCGAAAUGAUGGAGCGAACUUCGUCGCGCUAACAAUAGCGAGCUAAAUUGCGCCUAGCAACCGAGUGGAGCCUCUUUGUUUCCUCGUAAGCUUCGACUUAGCUUAGCCAACAUCUCCAUCGACUUGCUGCUAAGCUAGUUGUGCGCAUUCGUGACCUUGGACUCGUUAUCAUGGACGCGCUCAUCUCAGGUGUCUUCGUGCUGCUCUUAGCAGGAUGCGUCGCUGCUUCGCAGAGGAACGAAAACAUUUUGGUGUCUGGGAUUUCCAACGCGUGCGGCGACUCGGCAGAGUUCCUCCGAGCUCCCAGCGGGGUCAUCGCCAGUCCCGGUUGGCCCUUCCAGUACCCGGCCCGCCUCAACUGCAGCUGGAACAUCCGAGGCCGACCCGGAGACACGGUCACCAUCAGCUUCCAGGACUUUGACCUGCAGGGAUCGCAUCGCUGCUCGUCGGACUGGAUGUCCAUCAGCAGCUACAAGAAUCUGGACGGUCUGAGAGUGUGCGGCUCGUCUCUACCGCCUCCUUACAUCUCGUCGCAGGACCACGUCUGGAUACACUUCCGUUCUGACGACGCCCUGACAGGAAAAGGCUUCCGACUGUCCUACGUCACAGGUAAGUCGGAUGUUUCCAGCUGUGACGUGGACCAGUUCCACUGCUCUAGCGGGAAGUGCAUCCCUGACUGGUGGCGUUGUAACUCCAUGGAUGAGUGCGGAGACAAUUCGGACGAAGAUUUGUGUGUGGACUCGCCGUUUUCCUUCCAGCCCUGCAGCCUGAACCAGUUCCCUUGCUUGUCUCGCUACACGAGAAUCUACACCUGUCUGCCUCACAGCCUGCGUUGUGAUGGCAGCAUUGACUGCCAGGAUCUGGGAGACGAGAUCGACUGCGAUGUCCCAACCUGCGGAGAAUGGUUAAGGAACUUCUACGGCUCCUUUAGCUCUCCAAACUAUCCGGACUUUUACCCUCCGGGAAGUAACUGCACCUGGCUGAUUGACACCGGCGACCACAGGAAGGUUAUUCUGCGCUUCACAGAUUUCAAACUGGACGGCGCGGGUUACGGUGACUACGUGAAGGUGUAUGACGGCCUGGAGGAGAACCCUCGCCACCUUCUCAGGGUUCUGACGGCCUUCGACUCGAGAGCGCCGGUCGCUGUGGUGUCUUCUUCCGGGCAGCUGCGAGUCCAUUUCUACGCCGAUAAGAUCAACGCCGCCAGAGGCUUCAACGUCACCUACCAGGUGGACGGCUUCUGCCUGCCCUGGGAGGUUCCUUGUGGGGGCAACUGGGGUUGUUACACCGAGCAGCAGCGCUGCGACGGCUACUGGCACUGCCCCAAUGGCCGCGACGAGUUGAACUGUUCCACCUGUCAGGAAGACGAGUUUCCCUGUUCCAGGAACGGAGCCUGUUAUCCUCGAUCGGACCGCUGCAACUACCAGAACCGCUGCCCCAACGGGUCUGAUGAGAAGAACUGCUUCUUCUGUCAGCCUGGAAACUUUCACUGCAAGAAUAACCGUUGUGUGUUUGAGUCGUGGGUGUGCGACGCCCAGGAUGACUGCGGCGACGGCAGCGAUGAGGAAAGUUGUCCAGUGGUGGUUCCCACCAGGGUGAUCACAGCCGCCGUGAUUGGCAGCCUGGUCUGCGGCCUUUUGCUGGUCAUCGCGCUGGGCUGCACUUGUAAACUGUACUCGCUGCGCAUGUUUGAACGCAGGUCAUUUGAGACGCAGCUGUCCAGAGUGGAGGCGGAGCUACUAAGGAGGGAAGCCCCACCCUCCUACGGUCAUCUGAUUGCUCAGGGUUUGAUUCCGCCAGUGGAGGAUUUCCCAGUAUGCUCCGGGAGUCAGGCGUCAGUUCUGGAAAACCUGCGUCUGGCGGUGCGUUCUCAACUGGGCUUCACCUCGCUUCGCCUCCCGUCUGCCGCUCGCCAUGGCAACCUGUGGCGUAGCCUCUUCAAUUUCUCACGGUCUCGCCAGUCAGGGUCUUUGGCUGUGGUCUCUGCUGACCCGGAGGACAGCGGCGGUACUGCGAGUUCCACCUCAGACCUGCUGUCCCCGGACUCGGAUGACACAGACACGGAGAGCGAGAGGGGGAGGGACCGUGGUGUCGGGGCAGUGGGCGGUCCCGUCGCCCCGCUGCGCCAGAAGACCCCACCUGCCAGUUCAGUGGUAGCUGCGGUAUUGUGCACUGCUUCUGUAACCUCUGCAACCCUCGUCAACCAGCCAACCGGCCUUAGCAGAGUCCAAAAUGGUCCCGAUGAGGCUGCGUCCCCCGGUGGCCUGGUCUCCGUGGAAACGACCAAUCCUAAUGUGGAAUGUCAUAGCGACCCGUCCCAACUCCGAGACCCACCCGCCUCCACCCUGCGCCGUUUGACCCGGAAUCUGCACCGCCUCGCCAGGAACCUCAUGACAACCGGUCGCAACCAGCAGAACCAGACUUGGACCAAUCACAGCCCACUACGCCAGCUGGAUGCCGGAAGGGGUGGGGUGGAUUCUACGGAGCGGCGAGGCAGCGGAGACGAAGAUGUGGAGCUUUUGAUCCCAGACUCUGAGUCAUCCUCGUUGUUUGGUGACAUUCGCCAGCCGCUCCUGGACCCACAGCCCUCACACCCGUCGCGCCCCUUGUCCACCGUGGCUCAGAUGGUGCGACAUCUGGGCGCAAGCAGUGCACGGGCAGGCUGGGACGGACCGUGCGAAAACUGCGGGAAAGUUCACACAGCUCAGAUCCCCGACACAUGUCUGGAGGUCGGAGGAAAGAUGGAGAGCAGUGACGACGAGCUGCUGCAGCUUUGCUAACGAGCUGAAUGUUAACCUGCUGACUAACAGGCUAAAGGUACUGCUGUGAGCAUGACGGCAUGCGUUGUAGACGCUUCGCUAGCCUCGCUAUGGUAACUUUGCUAGCAGCAGAGAUGGGAUCCGUUGCGACAGUGUGACAUUGCAGAUCCACAGACCCAGAUCCUUUGUACCAGACCUCGUGUUGAUCAGUUCUCGACAUUCCCUCCUCAACUGGAAACUGAUCCAGGAUCAGGUCACCGGGGACUAAGUCUGUUCUUCUCCAGGGACCAUAGGUGCAAGAACCACACUUUUCCCUUGAUGCUGAAACAAAAUCUACUAAAAAACUGGUCUCGUCUCCCUAAAUUGCGAACUGGUGUGGACUGCUCCAUUUGCUACAGUUUGGCACCAAGACGUGAAGGUAGUGUUCGCAGAAAAAAAAGGUCCUUGAUAUCAUGGAAAUGACCAAUAAGUAUUUUUUUAGUGUUCCCGGUUUUGGUACUUCCACUAUUUAUUCUUACUAUUAUUCUAAUUGUGGUGUUCUUUGACCUGCAUGAUUGGUUGAUGUUUUCCUUUGAAUUUUCAAACUGACUUAUUAAACUUUUAAA